AUGGCCACCAGCCACCCAAUGGGAGGGACAGGGCUCCUGUGGGACCCACCCCACUCCAUGGGCAAGAGCUGCUGGAGGAACUGCCGCGGGUGCCGGUCCCGGCCGGCGCUGAGCGGGGUCCUGUGGUCGCAGGUGCACCUGGUGGACCAGCACGUCGAGAAGGAGUUCCACACACUGCAGGACACCUUCAAGGUAACGUCCAUCAGCGGAGACACCAGCCACAAGGUCUUCUUUGCCUACCUGGUAAAGAAGAGUGAUGUUGUCAUCUGCACAGCCCAGAUCCUGCAGAAUGCGCUGGUCAGCACUGAAGAGGACAUGCACGUGGACCUGACAGAUUUCUCACUGCUGGUGAUAGACGAGUGCCAUCACACACACAAGGACUCUGUCUACAACAAGAUCAUGCUGAGAUAUCUCCAGGGCAAGCUCAGUGGACAGCAGGACCUGCCACAAGUCCUGGGGUUGACGGCAUCCCCUGGCACUGGGGGGGCAACCUCCUUCGAGGGGGCUGUAGAGCACAUCCUGCAGAUCUGUGCCAAUUUGGACACUGAGAAGAUCACAUCGGCACAGGAGGAGGUGCAGCAGCUGCAGAGCCACAUCCCACAACCCAGGAAGCAGUAUGACCUGUUCCAGGAGAGAGCACAGGACCCCUUUGGCGACCGGCUGAAGAAGGUGAUGGAGCAGAUCCAUCGGUACAUGGAGAUGCCGCACUCAUCACAGGACUUCGGCACGCAGAUUUACGAGCAGCGCGUUGUGGAGCUGGAGAAGAGAGCCGCGGAGAUGUUUUGCCGCAAGACUCGGGCGUGUGCCCUGCACCUGCGCAAGUACAACGACGCUCUGCUGAUCAAUGACACCGUGCGGACGGUCGAUGCCUUCCAGUGCCUCCAGCAGUUCUACAGCACUGAGAGGGAUGCGAAGGACCCCACCGAACAGUUCCUCACCACCAUGUUUGAGGAGAACAGGGAGAUCCUGCAGGCGCUUGCUGGGGACCAGCGCUAUGAGAACCCCAGCCUGGGCAAGCUGGAGGAGAUCCUGCGGGAUCACUUCCAGCCCCUGGGUGCUUCUCGUGGCAUCGUCUUCACCAAGACACGGCAGAGUGCCCACAGCCUGCUCAGCUGGCUGCAGGGCACGGCCACGCUCCGUGGGCAACACAUCAGGGCCGCCGUCCUCACCGGCGCUGGCUACAGCAACCAGACCAGACACAUGACACAGAAUGAACAGCAAGAUGUGAUCAAGCAGUUCCGUGAGGGAGCCCUCAACCUGCUCUUCUCCACCAGCGUGGCCGAGGAGGGCCUGGACAUCCCUGAGUGCAACAUUGUGGUCCGCUAUGGGCUGAUGACCAAUGAGAUUGCCAUGAUGCAGGUGCUGCCCCGGCUUCCUCUGGCCCUUGCUGGGAUGCCCCAAAGCCAUGGGGGUGGGACAUGGGGGUUCUUGCAUUCCUUGCCUACUGACAGAGCCCUGGGGAUGAGCCCAGCCCCUGGAGCACAUCGGAGCCUGUGUGGGGACAUCCCUGUCCUGCUCCGACGGCCGCAAGUGGAACGAUUCCCGCCGGGAGCUAAUCCUGACUGUUCGCAUGUCAGGAUGCUGGUGGAUUAA